UAUUCACUAAGGAUGGGCAGAUUAUUCCAGAGAUUUUUUUUUACCAAUUUUUUAAAAUAUGCUUGAAUUUACCCCGAUUUGUUCGUUGAAGACUUGAAGUUACAACUGAUUCAUAAACCCCUAACGAACGAAACCCUCACUCUGGACGAUUAAACCCAAACAUUCUCAAUUGAUCCCUCAAAAUUGAAUCAAAUUCAAAGAUUCAAUACCAAACUUUGAAUCCAUGGCAUCAAGCAUCAUAAGGAAUUCCUUGAAAUCAAUCAACUCACAACUUUUAAGAACCCUAACCACUCAUCGCCGACCUUUCAACGUCGCGGCCGCCAAUACUACUAGCACCGCCACCGCUGAUCAAUCUGACUCCUUCACAUUUUCAUCAGACGGUGGGGAUAGUAACAUACAUUUGAGGCCAGAUACGAAGGAAACGAAGUCGUCAGUGACGAUGCCAAUGUCGUUUAUGACAGGAUCAGUUGUUGGGAAGAGAUUCUACAAGAAAGUAACAACAAGAGAAGCUGAUGAUGGAAAUGGAUGGAGUGUAAUGUUGGAUUAUCGAACUCUUAAAACCCCUACCAAACGUCCUCUUAAACUCCCUACUCUUUCUCUUGCUAAAGCCAUUGCUGCUGAAUGGGAUUUCCAGCAAACAGAUGGAAUAAGGCCCUUUACAAUGCCACUCAUGAAGCUUGCUUGCACUGCAUUAGAACGAGUCCCCGUCACUCGCCCUAAAAUAAUCGAUAACUUGAUGAGCAAAUUCAAUCAGGACUUAGUUUUUUGCCGUGCUCCAAAGGACAAUGAUUUAACCAGAGGUGUUUAUGAACGACAAGUUGAGAAGAUAGAUCCUUUACUUAAGUGGUUGGAAUCAGAAUUUGGGUACAAACCUAUAGUGUACUCCAGUUUUUUUGGUGGCAAGCAGGACGAUGGCCUUGUGAAAGCCAUAGAAUGCAUAUUGAAGAGAGCAGAUGACUGUGAACUAGCAGCCAUUGAUGCAUUGACGGCAUCAGCACAUUCUUUAACUAUUGCCAUUGCUGUAAUUCGUGGCAGAUUAGAUAUAGAGGAGGCUAUUGAGUUGAUUCGUCUUGAAGAAGAUCUGCAGGUGGACAAGUGGGGUCUUGUUGAGGGUGGUCACGAUGUUGAUGUUGCUGAUCUGAAGGUGCAGAUCGCAUCUGCUGCCGUUUUUCUGGGACUAUCAAGGAACGCACAAGUAUCGAUAUGAUUUUUUUUAAAUUAAUUAAGUUCACGAUUACAUGAGUCGAUCAUGUAUCUUUAAUUUUUGUAUGCUUCAUCGGGGUCUGCAUCCGACUCGGUGCAACCAUGUGGUAGAGAACUUUGUACACAAAUAUAGCCUUUGCAAAACUAGUAAAAGUAAUAAUCUACUUAGAAGCUUUUCCUGUAA